UCUCCGAACUCAUCUCUGGCUUUACCUUGUCCUUAAGAAACACUCCUAGUUAAAUAAAUUCAUUAUCAGAACACUACAAUUUACGGAAAAUGUUCAAUCGUUAAUGCAAUAAAGAAAUGUAUGACUUUGAUUCCAAUAGUUAUAUAUUCUGCAGUUGCUUUAAUCGGAGUUUCGACGCACGUUAAGGAAUAUUGUCAUAGCAUUGUCUGUUUUAAAUAUUUUUAAUUGUAGGAAAAUGUUUCUUAGGAUCAAUAAAAAUAGCUGUGUUAUUUAGUUUAACAAUUUGCAACUGCAAGUAAUUCAUAGUAAACCACGUUUAUAGAAUGUUAAUAAAUCCCAUAUCUUUCUAGUAAGGAUACAUUGGGUAUUCCAUAGUAGAUAACAUUGGGAAUAAUGUUGAUUAUGAGUGAAUCUGAGUCUGAUAAUGAUGAUGGAAGGACACACAGAACUUAUGCUGAAAUACUUGCUGAAAGACAAAAUGAUGAAGGCUACGCGACUGCAACGUCCAAAGAGCAGGAUAACGUGGAAAUUGAAGUCCUUAAGUUAUAUAAGCUGCAGAUGGAGCCCCAACUUAUUUCAUGUACCCACAUAGGCUUUUUAAAGAAAUCAUUAAUUCAGUUGAACGAGCAGUAUCAGUGUCUUGAUUGUAGCAGGCCAUGGUUAUGUUACUGGAUUUUACAUACACUUCAAAUCCUAGGUGAAGAUCUACAAAAUCCUAAAUAUUCAAAGGUUGUUGGUUUUUUGGCAAAAUGUCAAUCACCUGAUGGAGGUUUUGGUGGUGGACCGGGACAAUACCCACACCUUGCAUCAACAUAUGCCGCAGUAAAUGCCUUAUGUAUUAUCGGUACAAUAGAGGCAUAUGAAACAAUAAAUAGAAAGGGACUUCUUCACUUUCUAACUUCAUUACGUGGAGAAGAUGGUGCCUUCAGCAUGCAUGUAGAUGGCGAAGUAGACAUAAGAGGGGUUUACUGUGCGAUAACCGUUGCAAAAUUAACAAACGUGUAUACACUGGAAAUGUUCAAAGGGUCUGCAGAGUGGAUUGCACAAUGUCAAACCUGGGAAGGUGGUUUUGGUGGCUGCCCUGGCAUGGAAGCCCAUGGAGGGUAUGCCUUUUGCGGCAUAGCAACCCUAGUACUGCUGGGAAAGUCUCACCUCUGUCAUGUACCGUCGUUAAUGCGGUGGUUAGUAAAUAAACAAAUGCGCCUGGAAGGAGGUUUCCAGGGACGAACUAAUAAAUUGGUGGAUGCAUGUUAUUCCUUUUGGCAAAGUGGAGCCUUUCCGCUAAUCAGUGCAAUUUUAUCAAACGAGGGCAAAGUAUUUGAUUCAAAUUAUUGGCUUUUCGACCAGAAAGCUCUGCAAGAAUACCUACUCAUCUGCUGCCAGCAUCCCUUCGGAGGACUUGUAGACAAACCUAAAAAGAAUAGUGAUUUAUACCACACAUGUUAUGCUAUCAGUGGACUAUCUAUUGCACAACAUUCACGACAGUCUGUAAUAGUUGGCCACCCGAAUUUAAAUCGAGUUGGAGUAAUUCACCCUGUCUUUAACUUGAUCAUUUCAACUGUGAGUGGAGCAUUGACUUAUUUUGGAGAGCUACCGAUACCUGAUUGAAUGUAUGGAAGAUUACUGUGGCCUUGCCUGGUUAAAAUGUGUUCAUGUUAAGGCCGUGCAAAAGAGGAGAAUUUACGAGUUGCCCUAUGCAGUGUAUGCAGGAUAAACUCUGAUUGGUAUUGUCAUGCAUGAUAUUUAUCAACAGCCUAUGCAUCUGAAGAAAACUACGUUCUAAUUACACUUUCAAUAUGUUUUUUGUACAAAGUAUAUGGAAAUGUAAUACAAUAGUCUAAUGUCAAUGAAAUCUCUCUUAUCACAGAUGCAUAAAUAAAAGGGCCCAAUCCAUGUA